ACUCGAGCUGUUUUUCACAAAGUGGUCCACAGCAUUUCUACGGCAGAAUGACUCCUACCCCAGUUUCAAAUUGGUCUGUGCAUGUGUGUAGACCCUGAGAGUGAACCUGCCUGUCUGAAAGAGGAAGCUAUGAGUCUCUCGACAGUGUCUGGAGAGGACAGGUCCUUCUCCCUCUUUUGCUUCCCAGCAAUAGUUACAGACUGGUCCCUAGUAUAUCUGAGCACUGCAAGCUAACACCUGAUCCCUCCACCCUUGUUUCUGCACCUAUUGCUUUACCAGCAGGAAGUAGGACGUGGUUUGGGGCUUUUUAUUCUCGGCCUUGCUAGCCUUUUCGAUACUUCAGGGCCUCGUCUCAGUCUGACAAGGCAAGCAAGCAGCAGCUUCCUGUGCAAAGGUGAGAGGGAGAAGACAGAGAGAGGUCGAGCGCAGACAGGAGGAACGGCUCCACAGCAGACCUGCCCCUCUCCUCUCCUGCCAGAACUGCUGGCUGGCGGCUGGACAUGCACUGAGCGAAGAUCUCCCCCAGCCCCUCUCCCUUUCUCCCCAUUCCCCUCCUGGUUUGGCAGCCAGCACCUGCAUCCAUCGCCCUGUCCCUGGGGACCCCUUCGCCUGGAGCACCGGGUGCCUGGAGCUGGAAGCUCUGCCUGUGCUGCAGGCUCCCUGAGAGGUGAGGAUGGUCCCUUCUCCUGUGGGCAGAGGCAGACCUCGAGGUAUGGGUGUCCAGGUGGAUGGGGAGAGGGGGAGGCUCGCUUGAGAAGCCCAUAAGCCCUGUGUGUGUAGUACAGCACACAGCUGGAUGGGCUUUGUAAGACAAGGAGCUUCUCUGGGUGCCAGAGGGGAAUGAGGGAUGCUGUAGCUACCUAAUUGCAAAGCCUGAGUUUUCUGCUAUACCUGAAAGCACAUGUCCAUCCAAGGCAGUGCAGAGUCUACUUGGCAAGGAUGGUGCGUGAUUUGUGCAUUACUUUAAUAUUUCGUGAUAUGGUAAAGCUUUGUCUUUCCAGCACUUGGUAAACUUCCCCCUAAUUUUAUUUUUUUCCCCAGUCCCAAACAAGCCAUUCAAAAUCUACCUCCUAAACUGACUUUUCUGUUAGUUGAAGCCAGAGAGCCCUCUUACGCAGCAAGCACCUAGUGAUUUCAGCCCUACGGCUUACCAAAAAAAGCAGCUCUUCGCAACGCCAGCCGCGUGCAACCACGAUAGCACUCUCUACCUGAGUCAGCAAGCAACCUGAAACAAUACACGCGGAGGGCUGUGCACUCGCACACAUUUCCAGAAGACAUUACCUCUGCAAACAGCCUGUCUGUGUUGCACUGUGGAUGGUUUCAGUGCUGAGCAAAGCACCCCGAGGCAGGAGAGCAAUGAGGUGCUGAGGGAAAGGCAGAGGAGAAGGAAUAUGAGUUUCUAAGCCUGGAAGAUUGACACCAGUUUUGACAGUGGAUACCUUGUAUGGGAUGACAACUUCUUAACUUCCAUUGCUGAGCUGUGUUGUGGUGGGGGUCUUCUCUCUUUCAGUGUGUCCCCAGUACAGAUGAAUCCCUCCUUGCUGCUCCUGUGCCACCUCUGGCUGCUCAGCCUCACGCCUCUCUUGCUGGCAUCAAUCUCUACGCAAGGCACCUCCAGUCUUGCUUGUUGGUAUGACUCGCGGGCAGCAAUCUUUUGUGACUGGACCCCAGGCUGGGACCUUGCCGAUGCACCGUGCCAGCUGGAGAUUUCGUCAAAGCUACCAUUUUUUGCCAGGUCAAUUUUCUUACCCGAAAAAUUCAAGGAACAUUGUGAAUUACCUAAGGCAGAACACACAACAGAACUGAGGAGAUGCAUCAAGACCUUCAGCAAAAACAGUAACUCUCAAUUCUUCACUACUGCAGACCGUCUUAACAUGUCUGUACAUUGCCGAAUAGGAGAGAAUGGGUCUACACCUGCACGAUUGGAAGACUUCAGUCCACUUGCAAACAUAAAACUGAGACCUCCAGGAAAUCUUCAACUGGUUAGCAAAGCUAAAAACAGCUACAACUUAUCGUGGAGCCUGAAUAUUUCCUCUCACUACUUGGAUGGGGAGCGGCAAUACCAAGUGCGGUACAGAACCACAAGUCAGUCCUGGGAGAAAGCCAAGACCCUCUGCAUUAAGCAGGACCAGAUGUGGGUGGUAUUUGAGGGACUGUCCCCCAACCUGAAAUAUGAGGCAGCUGUCCGUGCAAAGCCAAGUAACUCAAGUACCUACAAAGGCGUGUGGAGUGACUGGAGCAAGACAAUACUGUGGAAGACAGACGCUGAUGAAACAACCCGGCCGGUUCUGCCAGCUCUUAUAGUGAGCACAUGCAUCUUCGUGGUCAUUGGGACUGCCUUCCUUAUUAACUUACGGACCCUGAAAUGGUUUAAGAAGAUUCUGAAGAUUCACAUCCCAGACCCCGAGAAAUUCUUCCCCCCACUCGUCUCUGUUCACGGAGGUGACAUUCAGAAAUGGCUCUCCUCCCCAUUCUCCUCAUCUUCGUACUGCGUGAACAGCAUAACCCCAGAAAUUUCUGUACUGGAAGUGAUGCAGAAGAAUGACCAGGAAUCCCAGCUUCUGCUUUCCAAGGGACCCCUGACUCCUGAUCCUCCCUCAGAAACCAGUGGGCAUUCUGUGUCCAGCUGCUUCACCAACCAAGGCUACUUCUUCUUCCACCUUCCCAACUCCUUUGAGAUCGAGCCCUGUCAGGUCUACUUCACGUACGAGCCUUUCACCCAGGAGAGCAGUGGCAGCGAGGACAGCGAGUCUUACCACGCUCUCCCCUCCCCAGACCUCUGCACACUGGCAGAGGACAUGCCCAUGUUGUCCCACAACUUCCUUCAGUGUUUCAAGGGGAUACAGGGCUUCCAAAAUGGUUCCUUUGUGACAGAGACACAAGGUGAAGCCCAGCGGCCUGUGGCUAUUUCAGGGGCUUUCCUGUCAAGCGAAAGCACCCCGCCGACACCAGUUCUGAGGCAGGAUGAGAAGGUGAUUGACAAAGUUCCUUUACAACCUGCUGAGGCCCUGUGCCAGCUGGACAAAGACUUUCCUGACCCACCAGGCCAGCAUGACAGCAAUACCGCCAGUGUUAUGGAGGGGAGUGGGAAGGCAGGCCUUCCGACUGAUCCCACCGCUCCAGCAGCACACGUUACCCCUUCCCUUUCUCAACCUACAUCUGUAAGGCAAGCACACGAUGAGAAUCCCUGCAGAACUGCCUUCCCCAACCAGAUCCCAAACACCGGUGCCUAUCUUUCUCUGAGGGACCUGCAAAGCCAAUACAACCAUUGCUCUGUCUAGGAUCUGCCUGUGGGAAAUCUACAGGUGGGAAAGGCCUUCUCGGCAACGAAGACUAAGUGGACAUUUUUUCUAUUCAGAGCAUGAAUGUAGCUUUCAGUAUCAAACCCAUUAGGACUGUUCUUUAAUGAGGCUGAAGAACAAAGUUACUCAAGAGGGAUGCAAAACCAGAAAAGGAAUAGGCCGGACAAGGCGUAAAUUCAUGGAUAACUACCAUGGUAUCACUAGUCCCAAGGAUAAAACAUCAGUGAAACAGACCACUGGAAAUGAGAGGACAUUUUGCAUGGUAAACUGGGCUAGUGAUUAGUAAAGCAAUGCAUGGAGAAUAAUAAAGGCACAUUAAAGCUGUUAAGUGGCUACCACCUAACAGAGACAAAGAAACGGGAUUCUUAGGCAUACAGAACAACAAGGACUCACCUUCAUCACUGAAUCUGUUUCUCUGCUAUUACUGGAUCUGGUAGCAUAGAAGCCCUUUCCCACACUGCUUAGGUGCCAUCCCAAAUCUCACUAGCAUUUUUUUUUUUCCUCCCCAGCUCCCUGUAAGAGGCUGUGCUGGCACUUCCAUGCUCUGCAUCUUGGUGUGAUAACAGCACCCAGCUUUGAGGCUGAGCAGCCACAUAUUCCAUUUGCCUUGUUCCAGCCUACAAAUGUCUCAUGGGAAGGGGAAAUGCCCAAAGAGGUGGAUAUGGGAUUUUGUUCAGGCCAGUGAGUGCUGGGGCUGAUGACAAAAUGAACACAUCUCCUCCUGCCUGACCAAGGGUGUCUUUUUUUUUUUUUUCUGAAUGUCCCCAUUUUGGGUUUUAAUCAGAGUACAUUCUGAACUGCUUAGACCAGCUUUAGACUCAGAUCUCUAAGGUUAGCUCAGAGCCAGAACUGUGUCAGCUGUCUAAGCAGUGCAGUGUAAAAAGAAAUCCCCAUUAUUGGGUUAAAAAUACUGGGGAAAUCCCCUUCCCCCCCCCCUUCCCCCCACUUUUCCCCCUAGGUCUGAUGAUGGCAGUAAAAAGAAUGCACACAAUUUCCCAUUCUUGCUGCAAUAUUUUUCAUGAAAUCGAAAGCCUCUCUGCCCUGCUGGCAAAAUACAGUUAUUUGACUGUGAUAAGCUGAUUGCAGAAUAGUUCAUCCCACAUCCUGUAUUAGUGGAAAACAUUGCAAUGGUGCUGCCCAUUCCUUCCAUUGCUCAAGGGAAACCAUUGCCUAUUUAGCGGCAAAGAUGUGGUAAAUGAGCCCAGAAAAGUAACUCACAAAUCAGCACCUUUGCUGAAAAGAAAACCUCAAUCCACUCACAAAAAAAUAAGGAUUGAAAAGACUACUUUUUUUUUUCCUUCUUCUGCAUUUGCUGACCUAGGUUCAGAAACAGCAAAACACCACAGAAGAAAAGUAGUAAGACAAAGCAAAGCGUGCUGUUCUGCUUCCAUCCAUUCCUGCAUUCAACAUCUGUACAGUCCGUCUGUUCUCUCACUAUAUUUGUGGACUAUUCAGAAGUGGGAAAAUACCUAUCCUGUGCUAAAGAUCUUUCUUCUAAGAGUUUUUACAUCAAAAAAUUUCAAGGAUAUCAAACUUGGUGGUACUUUUGGCAUUUCUUUGAGUAUCACCCAGAGCUAAUUCUUCCCUACCUCUGCCUGUAGAAAUGUGGAUCUUCUGCUUUGUCCCAGUCCCACACUGUUACCUGACCUUGCAUUGUGCAGCUUGAAUGUCAUUAGAAAUCUCAGCUAUGGGGGCACCCACUGCUUUGGAUUUCACCUCAGAAGAGUUGCUCAAAGUACUUGAGCUUGCCUGCAGCUGAGAGGGCUGGGGCAGCUAUAACCCUCUUCUCAUCAGCUUCUUCACCUGCCUCAAGACGUGAACUGCUCCAUUGUCUUCAGAAGACAGCAGGCAAAGAAAGCCUCACAGCAUCCCAGAUAAGCAAGUACGAGGCUUGCCCAGAUAUUUGCUGUGCUUUGAGACUCUUUGCAGAUGAACUUCAAAAAGAGACAAUGAAUCCCUUGCCCUGAUGGGCAAAUUGCUAUUUUACAUAGGCCAUGGAUCCUAGUUGCACUGAUGGCUCUCCUGUCCCUAUGUAGAUCUCCAUAAGCUUCUCAAUUAUUCUUGCUGCUAAGAUGAAUAUGAAUAAAAAUAAAAACACCCCUUUUUCCUCUUGGAAAAUAAAAGAAAUACU